GGGCUCGGAAGCCCUUCGCGGCAGAGCUGACUGAACAGCAGCGCAGACCGAUAGUCCAAGUGGGCCCGGGCCCUGAACGGGACCCGGCCCCAGACUGCGAAGGCGCGCUUCCUCGUAGUCGCGGAAGAAAGAUAAUCCAGCUCCGACCUCGUAAUCUUGCUAAGAAACUUCCUCUCCAUCCCUGCCCUUUGUCAUUUGAGAACCAAGAUACAAGCUCCCAUAACCAUGGGAAACCACCUCACAGAGAUGGCCCCAAACGCCUCUGUAUUCCUGCCCCACUUUCAGGCCUUGCACGUGGUGGUCAUCGGACUGGACUCGGCAGGAAAGACUUCCCUACUGUACCGCCUCAAAUUCAAGGAGUUUGUUCAGAGCGUACCCACUAAGGGCUUCAAUACAGAGAAGAUCCGGGUGCCUGUGGGAGGGUCUCGGACUAUCACCUUUCAGGUGUGGGAUGUAGGAGGGCAGGAAAAAUUGCGGCCCCUGUGGCGUUCCUACACUCGGCGAACGGAUGGGAUGGUGUUUGUAGUGGACUCUACAGAGACGGAGCGGUUGGAGGAGGCUAAAAUAGAACUGCACCGCAUCAGCCGGGCCUCGGACAACCAAGGAGUGCCGGUGUUGGUUCUGGCCAAUAAGCAGGACCAGCCUGGGGCUUUGAGCGCCGCAGAGGUGGAGAAGCGGCUGGCCCUCAAAGAGCUGGCCACCGCCACCCUCACCUACGUCCAGGGCUGCAGUGCUGUGGAUGGACUGGGGCUGCAGCCCGGGCUAGAGAGACUUUAUGAGAUGAUUCUUAAACGAAAGAAGGUGUCCUGGACUGGAACUGGGCGAAAAAGGUGGUGAAGCUGGAAACCAAUGAUAAGCCCAUUUAUUUUGGGACACUAGGGACCUGUGUGCCCCCUCUACUCUUUUCACUUAUGAAGGACCAGGAGCUGCCAGCUUCUGAGAAAAACGGGAACAUUGGAAAGGAAUCUUCUAUGUACUUCGUUUUUGAAUGCCUUCUGGGGGUUUAGGAUUUUAUAAUACCACCUUCCCCACUCAAUCUCCCAUUAUGUGAAGUGAAGGCUGAUGGAGCUGUGGACUCGCUCAGAAUUCAAAUGUGACUCUACCUCAUCCCUACUUCUACCUUUUUCCUUCUAGGUUUGAAAAAAAUCAGGAUGAUUUUGUGUGGAAAGGGGUGAAGUUUGAAAAAUGAACACAAGGUUGAACUUAAACCCCCCCUCCUGAAUUUUUAAAUUUUUAGUCUAUAUUUUAGACCCUAAGGGUUUAUUUUCUAAGAACUUCAGUUCACAAUAAAUAGUCUCUAUUUUUUUUUAUGUGUGUGAAAUUCUCAAAGGAAACUUCUUCUACCCUAUCCCCAAUUCCUCUAGAAAAAGAAAGCCAUGUCUGUUCUGUAUUAUUAAUAACAAUACUUUUUUUUAAAGGAUUUUGUCUGUAUUAAGUUAUUAAAAUAGUGAAACUAUG